UUUUUAACUUCUAUUAUUCCACAUUAAUUACCAAAUACAUUCCAUCAAAACAAACUACGCUCCAACCUUACCAUUCUGAGCUCACUUGGUCACACUCAAAAUAGAAAAGAAGAAAUAAACUCAUGGAAACUUUGUGGGAUUUGGAAGACAAAUUGAAGUUUUCAACACUAGGUGCUAUUCUUCUACUUGCAUGUGCAAGCUUUGCUCUUGUGUGCCUUUGCAUUGUUAUUAUACUUAGAAGGAAGGCCAUUAACAAUAAUAAGAUUGUGCACCAAGAGGGUGCUAUAGAUGAUGAGAAUGAAAACGUUACCACAAUUACUAAUACUAUUACCACCACCACUACUACUACCCCUACAGAAUGGUCAGAGCCAAGUUUUGUGGGGUGGAUUUCAGUGAAGAGGGUCUUAAUGGGGUCAAUGCUGUGGAGCAAGGCAAGCAAAUUGGAGGAGAACAUUGCAUGGCACAGAGAGAGGGGAUCCCCUCUGCUUGGCUUACAAAGGCAGGGUCUUGAUAGUGGGUGGCAAAGCCAUAACUCGGAAUCACCGGUGUGGCAAAGACCAAUACUGAGGGGGGAGAAGUGUGAGUUGCCAAGGUUUAGUGGCCUCAUUCUCUAUGAUGAGAAAGGAAGACUUCUUCGUGAUUCAGAUGAUGAAACUCACUUUAUGGAAACUUCACCACAGGAAAUAGGAAAUACUACAAUGAGGACUACUCUAAAAGAUUUACUUUAGUAUUUAUGUUACUGGGUUUUUGUUUCUCUUUUAAGUUGUAUCAGACAGACAAUGAGAUUUCACAGUAAUGACAUGGUGUGAUCAGUUCAAAUAUGCAAUUAUCAUUUCAUAAAA